AUGGUCCAGUCACGCAACUGCGUGGCUUUGGCGGCAGGCUCCGCUGCCGUUGCUCUGAUCGGAGCCCCAGCCUUCACCUCUGGCCCCAACGCCGCAAGCAACAGCUACGCUCCUGCUCGCAGCCAUGGCACCGUGCAGCAGGGCACCUCUACCAUGGGGGGCGUUUCUUGCACCGUGGCUGCGGCCGGUGUGAUUGCACUGGGUGCCGCGGGACGCCGCGCGCAGAAGGUUGCGCGUGCUGGAGUGCUGACCAAGGACGACCAGGGCCGUUUCCGCUUUGAUGCCCCCGAGACAACUUUGGUGCCUUCAGAGCAGCCAGGUGUCACCAUGCCCUUGGGCUUUUUUGAUCCUUUGGGAUUCACCAAGAGCGGGCUGAUGACCUUCCCUGGCGACUCCACUGGCUUCAAGCACUUGCGAGCGGCAGAGAUAAAACACGGCCGAUUCGCGAUGAUGGCAGCAACCGGGUCCCUCUUCGCUCACUUUGUGAAGUUCCCUGGUUUCGAGGAUGUGCCGACCGGCUUGGCCGCCCUGGGCACGGACAAGGGCCUUGAAGGCUUCUCUCUUCUGCUCUUCAUGAUCAGCGCUCAUGAGGCAGUCACUUGGAAGCCAGUCAAGGAGCCAGGCAGCUUCGGCGACCCCUUCCAGUGGAAGCAGUUCACUCCUGAGAUGAGGAGCAAGGAGAUCAACAACGGCCGCAUGGCAAUGUUCGCCAUCAUGGGCCAGAUCGCCGCGGAAUUGGAAACGGGCAAGGGCCCUGUCGACCAGUUCUUGGGCUGA